UGCUGUGAUCCGUACAUUGAGACACGAUGUGUAUGACUAUAUCGACCCAUGUUUUAAAGUCUCCACCCAACAGUUGAUUUACUCGGGUCAGUUUCAACCAUUACCAACACACAACAUGCCUAAAGUUUGUGAGGCUGGGACUUUGCAAGAUGGGCAAGGCAACGUAUUUCCUAGUCUCCAACCCCCGCAAGUGAGACGUCCUCCAGGAAGACCCCGACAAAAGCGUAUUGAGUCACAAUUUAGCCAUAAGAGAGCUAUUCAUUGCUCUCGAUGCAAUGACAUAGGUCACAAUCGGUCUAAAUGUAAUAAUCCAUUGCCGUGACAUGUUCAUUUCUUUGCUUGUAAGGUUUUCAUUUUGUGUACGAUCCCUCAUUGUUCCAUUAUUUGCUUUAUGGUCAUAGGGUUGUCGCUUUUGGAUGUUAUGUAUUGUCCUUAUUAUAGACACGAUGCACUAGCUUUUGAUUUUAUUUUUUAUAAGACUACUUUUUUAUUUUCAUGAUUUGGAGUUGCUUUCGUUACUGAUUUAAUUUGAAAUUGCACUUUCAAUGUGGUAUCCUUUAACUUGAUGUAUACUUUCACUUCCCUAUUUUAAGUAUGUCCUACUCACAUCAUUGGAUGCGUGCAUUUUUCUUAUCACUUAGCUGAACUUUCAUAGUAUUGUACUAUACUUGCUGUCUAGUUAUUCAGUUGGUCAGUUUAUCUGUGCAUUACAUUCUACUUUUCUAUGCCCAAUGAUGCAGUUAUAAUAUUAACAAUGGCUGGUAAUGGCUUAGAUGGUUCUGCUGCCAGUUCACUCCCACUCUCGGGCACAUCAAUGUUUACACGAUGCUCAGCUGCAAGAUUUAAGAAACUGUGCAACCGAUUACCAGAGGCAAAAAUUCAAGCCAUAAGAGACCUCCAAUUUGGAGGUCUCUUAAACUUAAACUGCACAGAGGUGCGCCACAACCUCUGUAUCUUUCUAAUCCAACAUUUCAAUGUUGGAUUUAGACGGAUAGAGUUCUCAGCCCAGAAACACUAUCCUGUUACAGCCACCGAUGUUGGCCUCAUUUUAGGCCUCCCAACAGAAGGACGGAACUUGCAGGUGACCUCCACAUCAUCAGAUCAUCCAUUUGGGACUAUUCGGGCAUGCGAGGAGAAACUCCUAGACUUACCUGUAGGCGAGGAGUUCCGUAGAGCAUUCAUUUACUACGCAUGUGCCACAUUGUUGGCCCCCACGUCUAGGCUCAAUGGUUGCCGUAACUUGUGGCAUACCAUCCAUGAGGAUGGAUUCCGAAAUGAUGUUAAUUGGGCCCAGUUUGUGCUUGACCAACUGGUUGAGGGAAUUAGGCGAUUCCAACAAUCUAAGACCUCUUGGGUACAUGGCUGCGUUUUAUUUCUUCAGCUGCAUUAUGUCAUUAAAUUCCAAAUUCCUUCAGUCCAAGUCCCCAUUACAGUGCCCCCAGCAUUGGCAUGGACUGAUGAUUUGAUUAAGCGACGACUAGUCGCUGAGAUAAAGGAGUUUGGAGCAUUCGGACAUGCUGAGAUUGAUUUUGCGUCCGAGAGAUCUCCAUCCGUAGAGAGAACUAUGGAGCCAGAGACUAAUGUGGACCAUGACACAAAUGUUGAUGCUGAAAAUAGUGAUGAAAUAUGGCAUCAAUAUCAUGAUGCAGAACGAGCAAUCGACCAAUAUCAAAGGGGCAUUCAGCAGCAGCUGAGAAUAAUGCGUGGCCUUAUGCAUAAGUUAGGGACUCGCAGACAUAGUGGGGUAAAUUCAGAUGUGGGUGGUCACUCUAGCUAUGCACCAGCCAGCACUCCCACGGCCGAUGACCAUGCAUUUCCCGGUGAUGAGUACAUGGCUUCGCAUGCUGCAUACCAUGUGCUAGACACACCAGAUCGCGUUGUCGCCCCUGAGUAUGAGUUGCAGCCCAGUGUACCCAUUAAUGUAGUAAGCGAUGGUGAAGAACAACCAGAAGGUAAUGUUGUCCCCACAAAUAGAAAUGUCCGGAGACGUCGAGUGCGUCGCAUGGCUCCAAACCUGUUGUCCCCAUACAUAUCCCAACCACAAACGAAACAAUCUGCCAUCAAAAUCGACCUAAAACAAGGAGCUGCACUGGUAUUUGGAGACGAUUUGGAUGCAAGUGAGGAACUAGUGUCUAUGCAUGACACUAUCCUAACCAGAGGCAAUUUGGGCUGCUUCCAAGGGAAUGGGUGGAUAGGAAACGACGUCGUCGAUGCCUACUGUAGAUUGUUGCAGUAUCAACAUGAACCGAAGUCGAAACUUUUUCUAUCCCCCUACAUAGCUGAAAUGGUAAUCCACUCCCAGGCAAAAAACCUAGUUAGGGAGGCAGUUAUUGGACGCUUUGAACCACAUCUGUAUCAGAUUGAUAUUCCAUAUGUCAAUGUUAACGAGGUCUUCUUAUCGGUCCUCAUAAAGAACCAUUGGACAUUGUAUGUAUAUGACCUAGAAAACAGGAGAAUCCAACUGCUAGAUUCUCGUCCUGGUAGAAAGAAGACAAUGUUGAGUGGAGUCCAACAAAAUCUGGCCAAGGUUGUCCUGUGGUUGGCUGCCCACAAAAAAGAGGUAUCACCUUAUGAUUUGAGGACAUUCAAUUUCAUAACACCUGAUGUACCCCUCCAAACUAAUGAGCACGAUUGCGGAGUUUUUGUAAUGAAAUUCAUGGAAUUGUGGUCAAUGGGGGGGUUCUCCAAAUCAAUCGAUGUGGGGAAAUUGAAACAUUACAGGUUGAAGAUCAUGGGGAGUAUGUUGUUCUCAGCACAAAAUGCACACCGAGACCGUGUCCGGAGAGAUUAAAGGGGAUUGUAAUUUGUGAUAAAAGUGUAUAAAAUUAGCACAUUUGUAUGUAAUUUAUGGUGGACAUAUGCGGAAAUGAACACUGGGAUUAUGGGAUUAGUCAGAAUUUGAUUGUUUUUUUACUUAAGUUGCUUGUCAAUGCAUUGUAAGUAAAUAGGGCGAAUUAAAGAUGAUUGUACAUUAUACAGGAAAAACCAACUCCUGACAUUGUAUUGCCAAUUUUAUGCCUUAUAUAUUUAU